UUUCCGGGGUUGUCUUCUCAAAAUAUAAAGCAUGUUAGCUAACCUAGCAGUUUAAAAAUUCGGAAGUAAAAUGUGUCCAGUGAGCUUUAGCUGUCUUUGUUAGAGAAAAAUCAUUGUGCUCUGAAAUGACUUAAGGAAGCGGUGGCUUUGGCGUAUUGUUGGAGCGUAACGUUAAAGAGUAUCGGCAGAAGAUGAUAGAACCAGAGCUACUGACCGAGGUCCCUGCAGCACUUAAGCGGCUCGCGAAGCAGGUCGUAAGGGGUUUCUAUGGAGUGGAACAUGCCUUGGCCCUGGAUGUGCUCAUUCGCAACCCAUGUGUACGUGAGGAGGACAUGCUGGAGCUGCUCAAGUUUGAUCGUAAACAGUUGCGCUCUGUACUCAACACCCUGAAGGCAGACAAGUUUGUCAAGUGCCGCAUGAGAGUGGAAACAGCCCCUGAUGGCAAGACAACACGGCACAACUACUACUUCAUCAACUACAGGGUACUGGUCAACGUGGUCAAGUAUAAAUUGGAUCAUAUGCGGCGACGCAUCGAGACAGAUGAGCGAGACUCCACCAACCGUGCCUCCUUCCGGUGCCCCUGCUGCUUCUCCACCUUCACCGACCUAGAGGCCAACCAGCUGUUUGACCCCAUGACAGGUACAUUUCGAUGCACCUUCUGCCAAACAGAGGUAGAAGAGGAUGCAUCUGUCUGUCCUGAUGGCAGGACACUAGUCGCUCGCUUUAAUGAGCAGAUCGAACCCAUCUAUGCACUGCUUCGUGAGACUGAAGACGUUAACCUGUCCCAUGACCUGCUGGAGCCGGAGCCUGCUGAGAUUCCUGCCCUCAAACAGAGCCGUGAACGUGCUGCAGCAGCAAACUCAAGUGGCCCACACCGCGAAGCCUGGGCUAACAAAGGCUCAUCCUACGCUGACCUGUACACCCAGAAUGUGGUUAUCAGCAUGGAGGAGCAGGAAGACCAGCAGAAGCAGGCCAGUGAAGGCAAGGCACCCAAAGAGAGGCCCGUCUGGUUGACCCAGAGCACUGUGCAGGGUGCUUACAGCGAGCCUGACAUCCUCAAAAACCGUGAUGUUGUUCCUGGAGCCCAGGAUGGAGCGGCUGGUCAGGGAAUUGGUCAGGCGGAUGAAAAUGAGGAAGUGAUGCGUGCCCUGCUCAUACAUGAGAAGAGGAGUGUGGCAGGAGCAGGAGGAGGCGGAGCAAGCGCUGCCACCAAAGCGAUCACCUCCACCACAGUAAAUGCCAGCGACUCCGAGAGUGACACCAGCGAAUCGGAUGACGACUCUCCCUCCAAUCCUCCCCUUGCCACAGCUGCACAGCAUCGGGCCGCCGAGGAGGAGGAUGAAGAGGACGAUGAUGAGUUUGAGGAGGUGGGGGAUGAGCCGAUGGUGAUGGUGGGAGGCCGGCAGUUCUCAUACCGAGAGGUCAGCCAGAGGCCAGAGCUGGUGGAGCAGAUGUCCGCCCAGGAGAAGGAGGCCUACAUUGAAAUGGGACAAACCCUCUUCCAGGACAUGUACUUCUGAACACACACAUACACACUCACACUGAUAUAUGCAGACAUUUACACACAGAUUAUCAAACAAUUUGGUGGAUUGGCUAGGAUCUCCCUAAAGUAUACUUCUGCUCUGUUAAACUGACAAUGGUGACACCUGAGAAAAUGUUUGUAGAACCAACAAGAUGCUGCUUAAGAAGUAUUUACAGUCAGCUUCAUGCUCUUGCAUUAUGAGAAUCAAGGGCAUGCUGACAGUGUUGCCUAAGUGAUCACACCUUUAGUAUUCUGUCCAAAGUAUUUUUUAUUCUCAGUCACCAAGCCAGAAGAGGAAGAGUGCCAAUUUGUUUCUUCUUAGUCUCUGUUUUUUAUUUUAGUUUAACCGGUUGUUUCCACCAGUCAUGUUUAUAGCUGUGUUUUCCAGUCAUGUGUCUCUCAUGUGUCUGAUGGACCAGAUACACUUAAGAUACCAUCAAUACAGCUGUCUACACACCAGCAUAUGUUUUAUGCCUCCAGUCAGUUUUCGUCCGACUCAUGUAUAACUACAUCGAUUGUGCAUUUGACUGUGAGCACUUCCAAAAGACGUGGCAGCACCGAAGGACUGAAGCUGCCAUCAUUGUGCUCCUGACAUGCUGCUUUCUCCCUGGUGUUGUGCCGAAUAUUUUGUUUUUCUAAAGCAAGAUCGGACUGGAUUUAAAAGCUCAUCUCAGGCAAAUGUUGAAUACUAGAGGGAAAAAAGAGAAAAUGGAUGAACUGUUGUGGUUUACAGUAAAAUAUGUCUUUUUCUUAACAAUCUGUAAUAAAAAAAUAUACCGCAGUUCAGCAA